AUGAUGAGAUUAUUAAUUAAAACUUUUCCAAAAAGUUUGUUUUCCUCAUCUAAAAGAAACCUAAGUGAUAUUCCUUCUUUAUCUGAAUUCAUGUAGUAGAAUACCCCAUAAACUCAUAAUACAAAUAAUGGUCCUAAGUUUUUUAUUGAAACUUAUGGAUGUUAAAUGAAUACAAAUGAUUCCUAAAUUGUGUAAUCAAUUUUAUCAAAUGAAGGAUAUUCUAAUACAACCAACAUAGGUGAAGCUGAUAUUAUAUUUUUAAAUACAUGUUCAAUAAGAGCAAAUGCUGAGAAAAAAGUGUUUCAAAGAAUGUCAGAAUUAAAAUCUUAAAAUAAAGUUCUUGGUAUAUUAGGAUGUAUGGCAGAAAGACUUAAAUAAUAAUUAUUUACUUAAGGGGCAGACAUUAUUGUCGGUCCAGAUAGCUAUAAAUCAUUACCUAAUCUAUUAGAAUCAUUUCAAUUAACUAGAGAUAAACAAAUAAAUACAGAACUUUCAUAAACAGAAACAUAUGAUGAUAUACUUCCUAUAAAUCCUACUGAUAGUAUAACAACAUAUGUUUCUAUAAUGAGAGGAUGUAAUAAUAUGUGUUCAUUUUGUGUUGUUCCUUUUACUAGAGGAAGAGAAAGAAGUAGAAAUCCAGAAAGUAUUCUUAGUGAAAUCUAAACAUUAACUUAAAAAGGAAUUAAGGAAAUAACACUUUUAGGGUAAAAUGUUAAUAGUUAUUUUUAUCAUGAUGAAAAUAUUUAAAGUUAACAUGAAAAUACUGUUGGUUUUACAGAACUUUAUAAAUUAAGAUCUGGAAAUGGAAUUAGAUUUGAUUAACUUUUAAAUCAAAUAGCAAUUACAUUUCCAAACAUUAGAAUCAGAUUUACUUCGCCUCAUCCUAAAAACUUCCCUAAAAAAGUUUUAGAAGUGAUUGCAAAACAUCCAAAUAUAUGCAAAAAGUAUAAAUUUUGUAAUUUAGCAUCCAUAUUCCUAUUCAAUCAGGUUCUGAUGAGAUAUUAUAAAAAAUGAGAAGAAAUUAUACAAGAAGAGCAAUUGAAGACUUAUGUAAUGAAAUUAGAAACUCUAUUCCAAAUGUAACCUUAUCAACUGAUGUAAUUGUUGGUUUUUGUGAUGAAACUGAAUAUGAUUUUUAAUAAACUUUAAGUUUGAUGUAAUCUGUCUAAUUUGAAAAUGUAAAAAAACUAUCUUUUAAAUAGGCUUUUAUGUUUGCUUAUUCUAUGAGAGAAAAAACACAUGCUUAUAGAAAUUUUUAAGACAAUGUACCUGAAAGUGUUAAACUUAGUCGUCUUGAAAUACUUAUUGAUUAACAACACAAAAUUAUGAAUUAUAAAAAUUCACUUGAUGUUGGAAAGUAUUAUCAAAUUUUAAACUUAGGAAACAUAUUGUUUUAGUUGAACAAGUAGGUAAUAAACCUAAUCAACUUAAAGGAAGAACAGAUUCCAAUAAAACUGUUGUAUUUUAAAAUUUGGAUAAUUUCUAUUCUAUUGGUGAUUUUGUAGAAGUUUAAAUUGUUAGUAGUGGUUUAAAAACACUCUAAGCAAACCCUAUAAAUAAAUGUGAUAUAAAUUUUAAUUGA